AUGGACAAACUCGAGAUUCUAAACAAGAGAUUACGAGACCGUGUUGUUAAACCUGCCACUCCUAUUGACAGCCAAGCAGCAGGAGCUAGUGCAGACACUACUGAAGCAGAGGUGCUUCAGAAAGCAAGAAUCAAGGACCUUGAACAGCAAAUUAGAGACCUCGAACCUGGACAGAAAAGAAAAUCCACUGACAUUGAUCGAAGAUUUAUAAAAGCAAAUUCAAAAAUUGAAUCGUUAGAAGAGAUGAUAGGAAAUCUCAAGGAACAGAUUGAACGUGGACAGCCAAUGUCAUCUGGAAAUGGUGGUGAUGGGAACAAAUCAGCCGAGGGAAGAUCAGUGAUUGAUGAGCAGCAACAAAAAAUUCGUGAUCUUGAGCAGCAGAUUUACGACAUGGAAGUGGGGCAGGAGAGUAUGUACCAGGCAAUGGAUGACAAUCAGGCGGCCGUGGACAAAAUGUCCAAGUAUCACUCAGGGCUCUUGGAACACUCAAAAUCACAAAGCAAGAGCAUUUUGAUGCUGAAAGGCAAACUUAAAUCCUUGCAGCAGGAACUGAAUGAUCUGAAGGGUGCCAUCACCAAGCAACACACAGAGCUCCAGCAAGUGGCCAGACAAAGAGAUGGACUUAUGGGAGACCUCGAGGCUUACAAGCAAACGAUCAGUCAAAAGGAGGAAAACCUACGCAAGCUGAGCUCAGAGAUGGAGCUUCUCAGAGAAGAAAAUGCUUCACAGUCAGACAACAAUACUAGACUUCAGACUCAAGUGAAGGAAUUAACUUCCUCUCUAGACUCCGCCCAACAGUCAAUUCAUGAUGCAAUGGUUGAGACGAGAGCUUCCACGAGACUAUUGACCCUCGAGGCUUGCAAGGUGCCUGAUCUGCAGAAAGAAGUGGAGGAACUAAAGAAGAAGUUAGAAGAUAUCGAGCAGGAUACCGCAAGGCAGCACCAAGACAGACAAAAGAAUCAAGUUAUAGAGGCCAGGGAUGAGUUGGCUCCCUACGUCCUUCCUCAACUUCCUUAUCUCGGAGAGUGUCAGGGGUCGGGGUCUUACGGAUCUGUGUAUCGUAUCCAUUUGAACGGGAUCAAUUGCAUCGCAAAGCGAAUUUACGACAUCUUGCUAGGUCAGGGGAGAGAGAAAGGAGUGAAUAUAGAAGACAAGCAAGCUGCCUACAAAAAGUUCUAUACCGAGUGUGUGUUACUGAGUCGAAUGCGCCACCCCAACAUUGUCCAGUUCAUGGGUGUGCACUACGGGCCACAGAGAGAUUACGGGAAAGAGCUCACACUAGUUAUGGAGUGCCUGUACAUAAAUCUCGAAGAUUGCCUAAAGCGAUACAAAAAUAUUGAAAUGUGGUUGAAAGUGUCCAUUCUUCUAGAUAUUUCCCAAGGUUUGCUCCACCUUCAUUCUCAGGGUAUUGUUCACCGCGAUCUGACAGCUGCCAACAUUCUCCUCACAACGAGCCUCCAUGCUAAGAUUGCUGACCUUGGUGUCUCAAAAAUCAUCAAUGUCCACCCUCUGGCUGCCUCCAAACAGUCGAUGAUUCCCGGCACCCUCGGAUAUAUGCCUCCUGAGGCUCUGGCUGAAAUCCCCGAAUAUGGCUCUGCUUUAGACGUGUUCUCCUUUGGUGUGCUAAUUCUGUUUGUUGUUCUUCAAGAAUAUCCACAAUUCUAUGACAAUCUUGUCACUCCGGAAGGAUUAAUUCGCAAGGAAUCUCAUAUUCAAAAACGGUCAAAAUGGAUCAACAAGAUAUUAUCCGAUAAUCCCUUUUGCCAACUAAUUUGUGACUGCCUUCAAGAUGUUCCUGCACGAAGACCCACCACUAACAAUCUCAAUUCUAGUCUUAUUCAAAUUGCCGAGAUGUACCCCAAGCCUUACCAAGAUAUUAUCGAUAUGCUAUCACAUUAAUUUUGGCCCAACCACAACAUGGUUUCCAUACUACACUCCAUAGCUCUCUCUCUGCCACAUGCACAUGCAUCUAGUUAUAGCAUUAACAUGCAUUUACAUAAUUAAUCCUGUAUCUUGUUAUUGUCAUGAUAGCCUAUCAACAGCACGCGUGCAUAUAUACAUUCCAACAAUUGACAGUUUAAUUUUUUUGUAAGUAUGCUAGCUGGUAUAAUUAUUAUACUUGUUUACAGUAGUGCAUAAAGUCGAUAAAUUGAACAUUGAA